ACAGUCAAUGGGAGGGGAGGAGGAUGGAGCUUAAUUAAUGCAGCUCAGCCCCACAACAAGCAUUUGCCUCUUGCAUAGGGUCAGUGCUGGAUGGGACCAAAGCCUCUGAGACUUCCAGGCUAACUCCAGAGGUAGCAGAGCCGGUCGGGCUCAGGGGCUGAUAUUGGAUGUUGUGGGCCCUCGUCUUCCCCAUGCUGCUCUUCUCAAGGACUCGCGUGUAAAUUUUGGAAUUGCCAUAAGAAGAACAUCAUGACUCUCUUGGGAUGUGAGCAGUCUUUAUUGAUACGGAGCAAAUUCAGAUCAGUUUUACAGUUACGACUUCAGCAGAGAAGAAACCGACAACAUCUGGUGGAUCAUGGCCUCAUGUCUCCCCUCAAAAGUCCAGCUGCAUUCCAGGAGCAAAGAAAAAACUUGGAACGAGCCAAGAGUGAAGAAUAUUUGAAGCACAAGGUCAGAAGCAGGACAGAAAAGUCUGACCCUACUAAUAUGCACAUAUCACAACAAGAAUCAUCUGCUGAGGGGUCGGCUCAAGCUGUCCAGAUGAAACUGAAAAGAGCUCGACUUGCAGAUGACCUCAAUGAAAGAAUCGCCCUGAGACCAGGCCCUUUAGAACUUGUGGAAAAGAAUAUAAUUCCCCUUGAAUCUACUGUGAAAGAGGCUAUGAAAGGCAGUUCAGCCAAUUACUCCAAGCCUGUGGACGCCUUUGCUUUCGAAGAAGAGAGCAGCAAUGACGAGUCCCCUGAUCAAGAGAGAAGCAAUGACUCUCAGGGAAUUUCAUCUUCAUCUCCGCAAGAGACCAAAAAUGUGGAUGCCACUAGUUCUCCAGACUCUGGUCCAGUACAGAAUCAUACUGAAGAAAAUGAAAAAGACCCACAGGAUGGCAGUGCACACCACAGUCAUCCCUGUUCCCUGCACCCAGAAAGCCAGCUGUCUACAACGGGACAUGUGGCCCCUAGUUCUGCGGCAGUUAAGACCAAGUCUACCACAGAUUCCAAAAACCGGCACAAGAAACCUAAAGACAUCAAGCCCAAGAUGAAAAAACUAAAAUAUCACCAGUACAUUCCUCCGGACCAAAAGGCUGAGAAGUCUCCUCCACCCAUGGACUCUGCUUAUGCCAGGCUCCUACAACAGCAACAACUCUUUCUUCAACUCCAGAUAUUAAGCCAACAACAGCAUCAACACUUCAACUACCAAGGCAUGCACCACUCACAUCUCAAGCAGCCAAAUGAGCAAAUGACUCGGAAUCCCAACCCACCCAUGGUUAACAGUCCUUCACUGUCUCCAGUAAAGACUACUUUUUCUGGACAAGCGAAUAUAUCCUCCAUGAAACCAGGUCUACUGCCCUCUAACCUGGAUGAUUUAAAAGUAUCAGAACUGAGGCAACAACUAAGAAUUCGUGGCUUGCCAGUGUCUGGUACAAAGACCUCGCUGAUGGAACGACUACGUCCCUUUCAGGAAUGCAGUGGAAAUACUGUCCCACCGUUCGGUGAAAUCACAACCGUCACUUUUCCUGUUACUCCAAAUAACUCAAGCUUCCAAACCCAUCCAUCAGGAGGAGUCAUUUCAAAUGGAUUCUAUCAGUUUGGUAGCACUAGUUCCACUCCACCAAUAUCCCCUGCCUCUUCAGACCUUUCUGUUAAUGGUUCUUUACCUGACACCUUCAGUGAUGGACCAAUGUCUUCUCCUCAGUUUGGUCUACAUCCAUCCCCUAUCCACCUAAGUGCCGAGGAAAGUCUAAUGAGCAGCAUCAACAGUGGUAGCUACCAAGUAGAACUGGAAGGCAUGGAUGCUGAAAAAGACAAAAUGUUGGUGGAGAAACAGAAGGUGAUCAAUGAGUUGACCUGGAAACUCCAGCAAGAGCAAAGACAAGUUGAGGAACUUAGGAUGCAAUUGCAAAAGAGAAAAGGAAAUUGCGGACCUCAUGACAAGACACCUCCAUCUCAACACUUUUUUGGAGUGCCUAUCAAGCAAGAAAAUGUCUCCAGCUGUCCCUUUGCAUCUAAGCAAAUUACUAUGAAAACCCAGGCAAACAAUUUAUCUGAAAAACAUGGAUCAUGUACAGCACAACCAAUGCCUUGCCUGAUGAACAACCAUUGUAUGGAGGCUUCCAACCCAAAUUCCAUCAUGUCUUCCACUUUCUUGAGUCCUCAGUGUUCUCCACAACAUUCUCCCAUUGGAUCUACAAAUAGUCCUCAGCACAUCAGUUUACCCCCAUCUCCCAAUAACCACUAUCUGUUGUCUGUAUCCCCAAGCUCACAAGGAGACACCCGUAGUGUAUCACCACAGGUCAACCAGCGGAUUCACACAAUACAGAAUACUGUAAGUUCCUCCUGCUACUCUCCAAACCAGAACACUCUACAGCCAUCCUACAUUGAUCAAUCAGAAAACAAGCAGGGUAUGAAAGAUCGAGUCCCACCAAAGAGUCCAUCAGUUUUAGGAAAGAUAAGUACUUUACAGGCAUCUCCCCAGGCAGGUCAAAAGCUUCCCACCCCUGGCCCGAAUUUCUCUAAUGCAACCUCGUCAGUCUCGAAGCAGCUUCCCUCCUACGAGGAUGCAGUCAGACAGCAAAUCACAAGGAGCCAACAGAUGGAUGAACUCCUUGAUGUCCUUAUUGAAAGUGGAGAAAUGCCAGCCAAUGCCAAAGAUGAGAGGUCAUGUGGACAGAAGCUCAGUCAACUGAGUGUGUCAACUGGAAACCAAGGUGUGAGCACUUCAAAUUCCCAUCUUCCAUAUGAUAACUGCUCAAACAAUGAUGGCCACCUUGAAGUCUUACUCAAUACACACAGCCCAAUCGGAAGACCUAAUGAAAUACCACUGCUUAAAAUUGGAAAUGAUGACCCACACUUUGAGCGUGUGAUUGAUGGGUUUCCUGGAAAAGCUUCUGAGGAAAUGUUGGAAACGUCUUUAUCUCCCAUGGAGACCCAAUUGUCCCCAUCAUCUGUGGAAAGCAAUGGCCUUCACCAUCUGAGUUUUACAGAAUCUCCUUGGGAGACCAUGGAGUGGUUGGACCUAACGCCACCAAGUUCAGCCACAGGCUUGGGGUCACUCACCACAACUGGUCCCAGUAUUUUCAAUGCUGAUUUCCUUGAUGUUACAGAUCUCAACUUAAACAAUCCAAUGGACUUGCACUUAGAACAAUGGUAAAGUCCAGUCUGAGAAAGCAAUGGAAACUGUCAAAAAGUGACUUGACCCAUAUCCAUCUCAGAAAUUUUGGAACUUCCAUUACCUUGAGCCUUAAUUUUUGCCAGAAAUAACCACUAUAUCCUCUAGAUUUGCCAAAAAGUCCACGCAAUUCUAUUUAUCUAGUGGAGUAGAGCACUCAAGCUGCAUUCUGGUUCCAGGGUUUUCAUCUGGCUUUUGAUAAGCAAAUAUGGACAAAUAUCAACCUAUGUAAUUUUGGCGUUCUUUGUAUCUAAGGACUACAUAGGUGGUAAUAGAUCAAGAAGUGUCCACCACAGCUUCAGUUCUACUCAGUGUUUUUGUUUUUGUAAACAUUGAGGCAACCAAGAGGAAACUAGACAGACUACACAGACACUAGAUAUACUGUUGAGAAAGGGGUAUCGCCACAUUUUUAUUGCUUAAGAUCUGAUUUUCUUGGUUAAAGAAAAAUGUAAAAAAAAUAAUAAUAAUAAUAAUAAUAUGGGAGAUUUUAUCUGUGGCAAUCAUUUUUUUUAAGCAGUCACUGUUGGACACUGUACAUUUUAAAAGGUUGUACCACUUCUAAUCCACUAUUAUCAAUGAGAACUUUUUAUAUUGUUAGUGAACUUUUAAAAUUAGAGAUUGGAUCGCAUUUUUUUUAUUUAUGUUGGGGCGUUGUUGCAUUACUGUCUGAGAAGUACAGUGGUGAAAAGUGGUACUGCACUCUUUUAACGCUAUAAUUGCAAGAAGAUGUGAAAUAAUUGGUAGACCACCAAGAAAGUUAGUACAUAUCCCCACAGUAGCUCACAAAUUUAGAUAUAUUUAGAAAGCUGGAGCCAUCAUGUGUAUCACCAAACGUCGCCAGAGAUGUUUCAUGUCUAUUCAGUAAACGAUGUUCUAUCAUCAGAUAACACAUCUGAUUGACCAAUCGUACAUGCUUUUCUCAAUAGAACAGUGGAGGGGAAUAGUUUCCAUUCAACUCUGGCACCGCUUAUCUGAAAGUGGAAUGACAGUUCAUGUGUCCAACAGAGAUCAGUGUCUACCUGGAAACUAUAGACAUUAGAUUGAAGGUCGGUAGGACCUAAAAUCUGAUGUCUCUGGACAGCUUGGCAGAUUAACGGUUAUGUCCGGGUUCCUGAUGUGGUUUUUGUGGUGAACCUCAAAGAAUUCACUUGUUGUCUCUGUCAUGAGAGUAGCACUAUUAUGCUAUGGUCAUACUACGGCGUCAAAAUGAUAAUGUUCUCCAGAAAACUGCCUAAUUUUCCUAUAAAAAUCCAAAAUAUCUGGGUUUGGAAAUGAACCAAGGUCAAAUGAAGGCUUUGAUGGAACCAGUUCUAACUGUACAUGUAAAUUUCAGCAAAUAUUUAAGCAUCGAUGCUAAGUAUGAUUCUAUGUACAUAUGUGUGUUUUCUGGACUGAAUAAAAUACAAAAAACAAAAAAUGAGUACCCACGAAGAUCGGGACUAUACAGAUAUCAUCCCCGAUCCACUUUGAAGGGAUUGAGAAGGAAGUUGAAACUCACUUUGUAUUUUGCUACUGGAAGAUUUAAAAACAAAAAGUUUUAAAACACACUAAUUUUUUUUCUUGCUCAUCCCUAUUUUUGAAUUCUGUAAAGGGGCAAAUAGAAAGAGCAAAAAUGUAUAAUAUACAAAAAAAAAACCUGCACAUUGUUGUAACAUUUUCCACUGUAUAUAUGAGAAUGUUUUUGUAUGUUUUUUUUUUUACCUACAGGAAGACUUGUUUAUACCAUAUAAGUCGUGAUGUUCACCGAUUUAAAGGAACAACGUGGCUGCAUGCUGUAAAUAUGUAGAAGUAGCUGAAGUUGGACGCACCGGUUUCUUUCAUUGUACAAAAGCAUUCACAGAGCACUGAUACUAUAGAGGAGGAUCACCCAUUGUGUCGAAAAUCUUUAUUGUAAAGAGUUACUUAAAAGCCAUUCCAUACUGAUCAAAAAGUAGCACUUUAUUGAGGCAAAGUUCAAGCAAAUCGCACAAAUUUGAAAUAUUUCCCAAUUGCUUUACAUCCUAAAAAACAAAAACACACAGAUAAACUACAGCUCACCUAAAGAUGGAGAAAAAAAUGUUACAAAAAUGUUGGCACCAAAAUUUAAUUUCUUUUAGUGGAAAAUGGGCCAGAUCCCAGAAACCUUAGCAUUUUUUUUUUAAAUGGAAAAAACAUUUUAAUAAAAUUUACUUUCAUCAAAAUCAAUUUUCACAUAAAUAAUGUUUUUUAUUAUUUUUGGCAUAACUUUAUAGUAAGUAUAGUUUUAAACUCUAAAGGUUUCACGGUGCAUUUGCUUUGUAUGUUGGCAGUAUAAGUUAAGAGGGUUUCCCAACAUUUACCACUGACUUACAGAAUUAAUUUAUUUUAUGCCACUGUACAGCGCAGUUGCGUUAUAUGGUGUAUACAGGCACCCAUUUUUUUAAAAUAUAUUUUGGGGUACCUUUUUUUGCUGGAUGCCUUUUGUAAGGAACAGCAUAGUCUUCUACGCUUUUCUAUACAGGUGAAGGCAAGUCUACGUAUACCAGCAUGAUGGAGGACAGAAGGACCCUCUUUUGGCCUCCGUCAGGUGAAUGACAGCCUAUAAGUUUGACAUGUAGCCAAGAGUUUUUCCUGCGCAUACAGUAAGCAAACGCACUGUGGAUGUAGGAUAUAAUUCAGUCCUUUACAUAUAGAUUUUAUGUUUUCAAUUCCUCUAAUAUUAACGUUUGAGCAUCCGAAAAAGAAAAUUCCACUGAAGAAAAAUGCUAAGGCUAGUAAUUGGCAAUAACAUUUGAAAAAAUUAAGAUCAGUUAUUUUUCUAAUUUUUUGCAUUUUAUCAGCCUUAAUUUGCGUUUAUGGUUGCAGUUGUCUUUUUUUAUUUUCAGGUUUAUUUGAACCACAUUUUUGGGUGAAAUCAUUUUUGAAAAAAAAAAGACGAUUUGCAUCAUAUACUAUAAUUUUAAUUAAUCUUGUACAGAAAUAUUACCAUAUGCUUGGUUUUUAUUGCCAUUGUUUUCUUUUUUUUUUAAGAAAUAGAAAACCAAAAUAAAAAAAAAUUAAAUUCCAAAUUUUCCACCAGCACUAUGUAAGGAUAUCAGUUAAAAUUGUUUGCCGUGUCUUACAAUGCGCAAUUCCUUUCAUGCUUAACUCUAUACUAUUGCUUCUUGCAAAUGUGUUCACAUCCAGUAAUUCCCAACCAAAAAAUAAUCUUCAUCACCAAGAGGACAAAAUAAAAUAAAAAAUUCUAGGGUGUUACUGGAAUAUAUGAUAGAAAUGUUAUGUAAUCACUUUGGGGACCAAGUCCUUCUUGGAUGAGAGGUUUUAGUCAAUUAAACACUAUAUACAGUAGGUUUCA